AUGUCCCAACAUGAACUCUAUAGACUUUAUAAAUAUUUAUUAUUAAAAAUUUAUUCAAAUCACGUGUAUACAUCUUUAUUUUCUAGUUUUGGACAAAUCUUGGUUGAUUUACAUAUCCUGACUGAAGAACGUAUUAUAUUACAAUUGUAUGAAAUUACUCAAAUAUUUGUCGAUUUUCUUCAACGUUAUGAUAAUAUGUCUCAAAGUUUAACAGCUGAACAAUUAUUUGAUAAUUUAACAUUAAAUAUAAUUUUACAAUCGGAUUUAACAUUAUCAAAACCUUUUGAAAGUGCAAUAUUAACUGCGAAAAUAAAUUAUUUUGUUUUAUCAGAAUUUAUUGUCGGAAAAAUAACUGAAACAUCUAAAUAUCGAUUAUUUUGUCGUGAACCUGGUUUUUGGACUUUAUUUAUCCUAGAUGAUGGAACUUCUAAAAGUCUUAAAGAUCGCGUUGAUCGUUAUUGUGGUAUUCAUAAUAAUGUUGAUCCUGUUUAUAAUAAAUUAAUGAAUGGUAUUCGUAUUGAUAAGUUACAAAAUUAUUUCAGUGAUAUGCAUUUUUCAUUUAUGGCCUUUGAAGGUUUAGCAAAUAUAUUAUUUGCAAUAAAUAGCGCAGGAUCAUUUGAAAAUGAUUUACGUUUAACACUUGAUAGUGUUUCAGCUGUUAGUGAAUUAUUAGCAAGAACAAAAACAGCUGGAAUUAACCUUUAUGCUUCAUAUAAUUUUGUUAAAAAAAUAACAAAAACAUUUAAUCCUAAUUUAUUAAAUACACCGAUAUUUAAUACACUUGAUAUAGUGAUACCAGUUUUGACGCCGUUAUUUAAUUUUGACCAACUUAUAUCUCUAAUAGCUGGAGUUCCACGUGGAACUGUUGAUAAUUUUGUAAAUAAUUUCAAUAUAAUUAAUAGUUUUCUAGCAACACCAGCUCCGACAAAAAUUAUGCGUUUAACAACAACGGCAAAUAUUUCAAAUAUAAGAACAACAACUAAACCUCAAUUAAGAGCCCGUUAUAUUGAUUGGUCCUCACUUUUUCAAGGAAAUAAUUUUGUUCAACAAGAUAUGCCAAAAUCUUUUGUUAUACCACAAAAUAUUGCUGAUUAUAGCCAAUGGGUCAAACGACAAAAACGACAACUCGAUCUAUUAUCUGGUAUUCUUGGUCAAACAAUAUCUUCGAAUUCUGUCGGCUCACCAUUAUCUAACAUGCCUGAUUUUGUUAAAAUGUUCAAUAGAUUUACUCCUGAAACACUCGAAUUUCUUUGUAUAGAACCAUUAAUGAACUUGAUACCAAAUGAUCCUGUACUUAAUUAUAUAUUUGGUAUUGGACGUGUAUUUGAAUUAAUUAAUACAUUUAUGUCAAUAGUAACAUCAACAAAUCGUAUACGUUGUUCACAAAAUCCUAAUUAUGAUUAUGAUCAAAUAUCGCAAUUUCUUCGUUUAAAUAAAACAGCCGGAUUGAUUCGUGAUCUUAUGAAAAAUGGUUUUCAAUCAAAAUUUAGUUGUUCAUUAAUAGUUGAUGUUGUUAAAAAUAUUCAAGUCUAUCAAAAUUUAGUUGAUAUUAUGCAACAUAAUUCAAUAACACUUGAUACACUUGAUUGUUUAAAAGAAACAUUACUUCAAACAUUAGAACGUUUAAAAAUUUUACCUGGUUUAUUUCGUUUUAUAUUUGGAGAUUCAUCAUUAAUAAAAACAAUAAAAAAAUUAAUACCAUUAAUUCAAAUAUUUGCACCAAUAUUUUCUCAACAAACAUUUAAAUUUGUACAAUUAAAUGAUAUGAUUGAAAAUGCAAAUAAUUUUACAUUAUUUUUACAACAAAAACGAAAUAUAACAUCAGUUACUCAGUGGUAUUUUAAUACAAGAUUAGUAAGUAUUUAA